AUGAGGGGGAGGGGGCAAGGGGAUUUGAACCUUCUCGCAUUCAGCAUUACCAAUUUUGAUACAGAAGAAGACAAGCCAACGAUUUUCUACCAACAAUCAUCUGAACCAUCAUUCCUCCUUGCCAACCCUGGCUGCCUCGCUACGCAUAAGGAGGAAGCAAAAGCCAGAAUCAUCAAAGGGGGGCUACCGUUCUCCCCCUGCCGGAUCCUGCCAUCACUCGCUCGCUGUUUAGAAAGAAAACUAUUUGAUCCUCUACUGGAAUUCACAAUUCCUCCCCCCCUCUCUGCCACCUUCAACGACAUGAGUCUCAUACCAGAUUACUUCUGA